GGCCCGGCGCUUCCGGCCGGAAGGGGCUCGGAGGGAAGUCCCGCCUCUGCCGCGGCCGCAGCCACGCACUUGGCCCGGGCCCGGAGGGGCGGGCGGCCGGGGCCUUCGAGGCACCGAGUACCCUGUUUCAGUCUGGCCCCCCGUUUCGAUCUGAGGGGUAUCCGGGCUUGGGCGCGAGUGCCCGGUCAGCUGCCGCCGUACCUGCCUUCCGCCUUCCCGCACUCCAAACCUGGGCGCUUCCCUCUGACACCGUGAUCCGAUCCCGGAGCUGCCAUGAUUGAAGUGGUGGCGGAGCUGAGCAGAGGUCCAGUGUUUCUGGCAGGGGAGGCCCUGGAGUGUGUGGUGACCGUCACCAACCCCCUGCCCCCGACGGCCACUUCUGCGUCCAGUGAGGCUCUGGCCUGGGCCAGCGCCCAAAUCCACUGCCAGUUCCACGCCAGUGAGAGUCGAGUGGCAGUACCUCCGCCCGACUCCAGCCAGCCCGAUGCCCAGCCCGAGAGCCAGACUGUCUUUCUUCCACACCGAGGUGAGAGGGGUCAGUGUAUCCUUUCUACUCCACCAAAAAUCCUCUUCUGUGACCUGAGGCUAGACCCUGGAGAGUCCAAAUCAUACUCCUACAGCGAAGUGCUGCCUGUGGAGGGACCACCCUCGUUUCGGGGUCAGUCAGUCAAGUAUGUCUACAAACUGACCAUUGGCUGCCAGCGUGUCAACUCACCCAUCACUUUACUCAGGGUCCCUCUGAGGGUUCUUGUGCUCACUGGCCUCCAAGAUGUCCGGUUUCCCCAGGAUGAGGCUGUAGCCCCAUCCAGCCCGUUCCUGGAGGAGGAUGAAGGUGGGAAGAAGGAUUCGUGGCUCACCGAGCUUGCUGGGGAGCGUCUUAUGGCCGCCACGUCCUGCCGCAGCCUCCAUCUGUACAACAUCAGUGAUGGCCGAGGAAAAGUUGGGACAUUUGGCAUCUUCAAAUCUGUAUACAGACUUGGCGAGGACGUGGUGGGGACCUUAAACUUAGGGGAAGGAACUGUAGCUUGUUUGCAGUUCUCGGUGAGCUUACAGACGGAGGAGCGUGUGCAGCCUGAUUACCAGCGGCGUCGCGGGGCCGGAGGUGCCCCCUCGGUGUCCCACGUCACUCAUGCCCGGCACCAGGAGUCCUGCCUACACACGACCAGAACCAGCUUCUCUCUCCCCAUCCCGCUCAGCUCCACCCCAGGCUUUUGCACAGCCAUUGUGUCCUUGAAGUGGCGUUUGCAUUUUGAGUUUGUCACCUCCCGAGAACCCGGUUUGGUGCUCCUACCUCCCAUGGAGCAGCCCGAGCCCGCCACCUGGACGGGGCCUGAGCAAGUGCCCGUGGACACCUUCAGCUGGGACCUGCCCAUCAAGGUGCUGCCGACAAGCCCUGCCCUGGCCUCCUACGCGGCCCCCGGCCCCAGCACCAGCACUAUAACCAUCUGACCCUGGCCCACAGCCUUCUUCAGGAUCCUGAGAACUCAGCCCCUGGGCUCUGGUAGGGCCCGUUGUUUCCACCUGGGGUCCAGUGGCACAGAUAACGAGAGGCGGGCUUUCGGCUAGAGCGUUAACUUAUUUAUUCAGAAUAGAUCGGCAGCUGCUAGUGGUUUCCCUGGAAGUGGCAGCAGCAGUGGGCGGUCAGCAGCAGGGCAGUCAGUCGCGUUUAGCUGGAGUGGGGAGCAGGCGCCGCAGGCGCAGGGGUGUUAGCUGAGCCCCACUCUGGGUCGGGCCCCCCCCCUUUGCAGGGCAGCCGAGGGUCAGAUUUUUGCACGAGGGAGAACUGGCAUGUUCCUGCCUCCUGGCGUACCUCACAGCCCGCCGGGAAGUCGAUAGGAUGCUGCGACCUGGGGAACCGAAGGACAGGGGAAGGGUCAGGACAGUGAAGGUCCACCUUUGUCCCUGCCCCGCGUCCCCUCCCCAGCGCUUCUCCCGUGUCUCCCCAGUGCCCCCGGCCCUGCAGGAUUUCUCUUGCCUGCCAUAUAUGGAUUUUUUUCAUUUCAUAGCAGGAAUAGUUUCCCUCCAGAUCCACCUAACUCCCCUCACUCUGUAGCCUGAAGCCUCUCACCCCUUCUUGUCGGUACCGUCAAGUUCAGCCAGCCUCUGGCUGCUUCUCCAUUCAUUCUCACAUCAGAGCAAUCUAGUCACACCCUGGCCAGCUCUCCGUCCCUCACAUCGGAGCCAUUCUCUCUGGCCACCUUUGGUCACUCACGUGUCACAGCAGCCCACACCGACCGGAUGCAGACAGGUGCAGUGGAAGCAGUCCUUGCGGAGCCAAGACUCGCCCAGGGUGAAAUACUUCCCCUCAUAGUGGCAGGGGGCUGGGGAAGAACAGGAGAUGUUAGUGCCAGAGCCGAGGGGUAAGGGCACGCUGCCCCCAUGUGUGGCCUCUCCUGCGUCCCACCGCCAGGGAGUCUGGGUUUGCUGCCAGGGGACCAUCUCGGAGCCCUUCCUCCCGGUGCCCUCAGCACGCAUCCUUCCUUACGCCUCGCCCAGCUUUACCUUGAGCUUGGAAGUAGCACUUGCUGUGGACGCCCGGGUGCUGGAGGAGCAGAGAUACCACCAAGCAGAUGACCCCCCAGCCUCCCCGCGUUCCCGUAGCCUGUCCCGCCCAGAGCGUCCUCGGGGCCAUCCCGGCAGCACAGCUCUUUCGGACCCUCUUGGUUUCCGUUCCGGCUGCUCUGGCCUCGUCUCCUCGGCUCUCCUCUGUUCCUCUCCUUGAGCCUUAGCGUCUGCCUCUCUCCCCUGGGCGCCUGUCUCACACCAUCUCCGUGCCCUCUGUUCUCGCAGGCUUGGGGAUGUUUAUAAAGUGAGGACCCUGGCCCCCUGCUGAGUGGAGCUGGAAAAGCCGUAACUCUGUUUCCUGGGGUGAGGGCAUGAAAACAAGAGGUCUAGCUUUAACAAGCUGUGAGAGCUGAUUCAUGCCCCCGCACAGCCAGGGGGAGGAGGGUGGCCGGGGAAGGGGCGCUGGACUGGGCACUUCCCCAGCAAGGAGGGGGCGGGGUGAGGGCCCCCAGGUGGUCCCCAGAACUCUCCCUGGCCUGGAGAGAAGGAAGCAUUCCACCAUCUCCCCCCGCCCCGUAAUACACACACACACACACACACACACACACACACACUCACACUCACACACUCUCUCUCCAGGGGUGUGUACGCUGGGAUCCCUGCCUGGACCGGAGGGAGGCAUUUCCUGGGGAUGGCUAAUCCUGUGCCCCAGCCAAACCAAGGAGAUGCAGUAGGGUGCGACGGCCAGAGGCUCCAGGAGAGCGAGCGGGCACCUGGUGUGGGGAAUGUUUCUCUCAGACCCUUGGGCAGGGUCUCCUUGCCGUAUCCUAGAGACAUGGCUGCCCCUCAGAGGCUAGGGGUGGGGGGCUGGGGGCAGGUGUCUCUUGUUUUUCAUAGGCAUCCCAGAGAUAAGACUAUCGAUUAUUCAUCACCCCAAACACACAGCAAAUAAAAGAUCUCGCCAUA